AAUGCAAAAUUAAUACCCAAACCCUAUUUCACAUUUCCCGUCCACUCUCGCUUCUCGCCGUCCGCCAAACCGACGCCGCCGUUCGCCGCCCACUCUUUUCGUUUCUUUGUGCAAGACGUGCCGGCCUCUCCCCGUGAAGUCGUCGUCUUAUCUUCUCCGUUCAAGAGUUUCCUUGAGCAAGUCCUCGCCAACCUCGGUAGACCUGGACAGCACAAGCGCACAAGAUCUCGAUUUGAGGCUGCCGUUGCUAAUCCGAGCGUUUCCGAUCUCUCGCUUUCACUCCCACUUCGUGAGCUUCGCCCCCUAGCCAGUCUCUUCUCUAGCAGAAGCUUCCUUUUCCCCUUCGGCGCGGGCAGCGACAUCCCCCUCGGUUUAUUUGUCACGAUCAGAAAAUUAAGAGCGUUCUGGUCCAUCCGUGUUGCUUCCCAAUUGGCGAGCAGUGGCCACAUUGAGUUCAACAUCAAACAUAAAUUCUAGCAAGGUGAACAAUAGGCUGUGAUAGUGGUGAGGACCGUUCCGCAGAAAAUCAGCGGGUUGAGAAGAGCUCUGCGACAACAAAGCGCCACCAGUCCGUAUCCACAGGGUGUAGAAUUCCCCAAGGCGAACCCAAAGUGAUCUGAAUCUUCGACAAGGUAAUACCUCUACUCAAGCAAAACCACACCAUUGAAGAGAGUCUAUUGCUAUUUCAGAUUCUAGGUUUUUGCUUGUUAAUCAAGAAGUUAGAAAAGAUGAAGGAAGUUAAACCUGUGGAGUUAUUCAGAAAGCUGUACUGUUUACAAAACAAGCAGAAAGCAAGAUUGUUGGGAUUAGAUGUUGGGCAAAAAUAUGUUGGUUUGGCUGUUUCAGAUGUCACUAAUCAAUCAACGUCACCUUUAAGUGUCUUAGUGAGGAAGCAGUCAAACAUUGAUUUGAUGGCCAAAGAUUUCCAAACAUUAGUGUCUCAAUUUUCUCUUGCGGGUUUGGUUGUUGGUUUCCCUUUUAGCUUGAUGGGCCAAACAAGUGUGGAGGCUGUGCAAAUUAGGCUUUUCAUGAAGGAGCUAUGCAAAACAGGGAGACUCGAUGGCCUUACCUACACUUACUGGGAUGAAAGUUAUACGUCAAAGUGUGUUGAAGCCCUUUUGGAGCCUUUGGAUCUACAUCCAGUGGAAUCCAAAACAAUCGUAGACAAGUUUGCUGCAGUUGGAAUACUCCAGGGGUAUUUGGACAACAUGAACAGAGAUUUGAGAUCAAGGAAAAUCACAAUAGAAUGAUGCUACUGCUGGAAAGAUGUCAAGAUGGAACGGUAACACUGAUUCAGAUUCUGAAGGUGAGCCUGGGCAGCAAUUUUACAUGGGUUUGAGUGGAGAGAAUAGUCUCUUGCAAAAUGUAAGGGAAGGUAAGAUUACGUACGAUAAACACAAUAUAACUCGAUUCUUUCAUGGGAUCUCGCAUUGGUAGCAAUUUUAUGCAUUGAUCUAUCCUUUUUGCUUAAUAGUUUUUCUUUGUUUCUUGUGCUUCAGAGCCCAAACACCUACUCGAACAUUGUCUUUCUUAGACUUGGAAUUCCAAAUUAUAGCAUGCCCAACUUUGUCUAAAUUAUUAACUUAAACGUAGAAAGUCAUCUGUUGUUCUAAUUAUUCAGCCUAGGCACACUUGACUUGACAAUGAAAACUUAAUCUCCAAUUUAUUUAAAAACUCAUGGCAGCUGGCUGCGUUAUGUAAUAUAAUAUCUGCAGUCCAAAUUAGAAGAAUUAAUUUGAAC